CUCGAAAUCAACUCUAUCUUUCCGACCAAAUAACUUAUCUUUUCUAUUCUAUUCACACCCUCUUCAUCAUCGUCACCUUCAUCUAAUUUGCAUCGUAAUUAUCCAAAAAGAUGCAAUCUUUACACACAAAACCACCCCAACAAACUAGCAUUUCAUCUUUGGUUCCACCCCACCAUUGAUUCUGUUUUUCUUGCUCUUUCAAUACCCAGAUCAAAUCUUUAACCUUUUUCAAAAUUAACACACACUUGUUUCUUAAAGUGAUUAAAGUUGUGAACUUUUUAUAAAAUCUUGGUUUACUGUGUGGUUUUUUUAAAGAUACCCAUACAGAAAAGGUGGUUUGAGUGCAUGUGUGUAUGAAUAAGUGACAAAUGGGCAUGGAGAAAAUGGCAGGUGAAAGGAAGAAGAGGAGAACUAGACAUAAAAGAGUUGCAGCUGUUCAGAAGCUUUAUGAUGCAUGCAGAGAUGUUUUUGCUAAUUGUGGCCCAGGUGUUGUUCCAGAUGCUCAGGGUAUUGAACGCCUGAAAGAUAUUUUAAACGGAAUGACUGAACAUGAUGUUGGUGUCCGGCCUAAUAUGCCAUAUUUCAAGGUUAAAGAAACAGAGGGAUUUCCUAAAAUCACAUACCUACACCUUUCCGAAUGUGACAAAUUUUCGAUUGGAAUAUUUCUAUUGCCACCAACGGGUGUCCUGCCACUCCACAACCACCCCCAGAUGACGGUUUUCAGUAAGCUUCUGUUUGGAACCAUGCACAUCAAAGCAUAUGAUUGGGUCGAUAAUAUUGCUUCAAGCUCUGCUCCUAAAUCCGAUUCAUCAGAGUGUGAAGAAACGGCUGAAGAAAAAACCGAUAGCGUACGUUUGGCAAAGCUCAAAGUCAACUCCGACUUCACUGCCCCAUGCAACACAUCGAUUCUUUAUCCAACAGAUGGUGGUAACAUGCAUUGCUUUACAGCAAUAACAUCAUGUGCCGUUCUUGAUGUUUUGGGCCCGCCAUACUGUGAUGCCGAAGGCAGGCACUGCCAAUACUAUCGUACUCAUCCUUUCACCAGCUUUUCAGCUGGAGAUAAUAAACAGUUGCCUGGUGACGAUGAGAAGGCGAAAGAGCUAGACUACGCAUGGCUCGAAGAGAUAGAUAAGCCCGCAGGCUUAUCCGUGGUCGGAGCGCCAUACAACGGGCCGAGAAUCGUGGAGAAAGAGUAGAGAUCGAUCCGGAGUUGAAAAUGGCUGCACAAAACAGAAAGUUUCGUCUGUUUUUGUUUCGCAUUUGUUUUGUUUUAGGAUUUGUUGGGUAAAGAUGGUUUUGGUUUGCUUUGGUUUAAGAUGUUGUACAUAAACUUGACUUGAGCAUAAGGGUAGUACAUAUUUUCUUGAGUUGGAACGACCAAAUAAAAGUACAACGGUUGCGGGAGGUACACAUUUGGUCGUUCUAUGUCGGGAAAAAGUAUUCACCAUAAAUGGGGAUGGAUAUAAAGCGUACUUGUUUAGGACCAACAUGAAGUGGUUUAUUUUUUUUAAUGGUUUGGUGAUAUUUGCUA